GCUGGAGGAAGCAGGAACCGACGGCGGGUGCGCCCUGCCCACGCACCGCCCGGAGCGAAACCAGGCUGGGCCGGCACCCAGGGGUCUCCAGGUGGCCGCCUGACCCCGGGAGCCAUGGCCGAGGCCGAGAGGCUGCCCCCGCCGCUGCCCCCGCGACUCGACUGGUUUGUGCACACACAGAUGAGCCAGCUGGCCCAAGGCAGUGUCCCCGAGUGGUUCCACGGUGCCAUCUCACGAGAGGCUGCUGAGGACCUGCUGGCGUCAGAACCACUGGGGUCCUUUCUCAUCAGGGUCAGUCACAGCCACGUGGGCUACACUCUUUCCUACAAGGCCCCGAACUGCUGCCGCCACUUCAUGGUGAAGCUCUUGGACGACGGGAGCUUCGUGAUCCCUGGGGAGAAGGCGGCGCACGCCUCGCUGGACGCCCUGGUCACCUUCCACCAGCAGAAGCCGAUUUGGCCCCACGAGGAGCUGCUGACCCAGCCCUGCGGGCAGAAGGAUCCGGCAAACGUGGAUUAUGAGGAUCUCUUCCUUUACUCCAGUGCACUGGCAGAGGAGGCCACCAGGCCUGUCCCUGGCCUCGGGGAACAUCAAAGACCUUCCUCCUGCUCAGUGGCUGCACCUGAGAAGGUCCCCUUGAGGCCAGCCCUGCCCCACCCCGGGACGGCGAGGAAGCCCUCUGCAGAGCCGGGCAGGGCGCCCCCCGGGGAAGCCGCUUCCUCCUGCCCCCCGAGGACGCCCUUCAGGGAGGCCGGGCAGAGGCUCUGGAGCAGCCUCAAGGCGCUGCCCGCGUCGGGCCGCAUCGCGCAGCCGCAGUUCCGCUCGGCCCUGGCGGCCCUGAGGUCGUCGCUCCAGGAGGCCAGGCCGGCUCGGGGGACCCCCGGCCCCAGGCCCCGGGCGGACAGCAGGAAGCACCCAGGCGAGGCGGCCUGGAAGGACAGUGUCUCCGGGGACCCGUGUGUGGCCACAGCCUCUGACCCCUCGCAGCCGCAGGCCCCAAGACCCAGGGACGCCUCCGCCAGGAAGGCCACCAGGCCCCUGAGCUGGAGCGGGGCCACCCCGGCGGCUAGGGGCUGGCACCCAUUGUUGGCGAGGGCCCUGUCUUCCCGGGAGGCCACGCCGGGGCCCGACGACGUGGCCGAGCCCGCGGAGGACCUGCUGCCUGAGGAGUACCUGCCGCCGCCGCCCUUCGCCCCCGGGUACUGCUAGGGGCGCUCUCCAGCUCCAGGACCAUGGCCAGGGGCGGCGGCUCCGGGGCCUCCCUUUGCCACCGUCCCGCGCUGCUGGUCCUCGGGAGCUUGGGGGACCCAGUCCUGCAGCUGCCAGCAGGACAGCCUGCUGAGUAAUAGUAUUCGCAGGUGCAGCCGGGCCAGGGUGCAGGCCUGGAAUCCCAGCAGCCCGGAGGCCGAGGCAGGAGGAUCGUGAAUUCAAAACCAGCCUCAACAACCCAGCAAGGCCCUGGCUCAAAAAUAUAAAAAGGUCUGGGGGUGCAGCUCAGAGGUAGCGUCCCCCGGUUCAGUCCCAGUAGGACCAGCAGCAACAGUGAUAAUAAUAGUCAGUCAUGGGGUGGCUUGAGAUGCCUACUGUGUGCUAGGCCCGGUGCCAGACCCUCAUCUGAGGUCCAUACCUCCAGUUCGACCAACCACAGAUAAAAAAUAUUAAAGAAAAAAUUUUACCUAUCCUGA